AGUAUGAGCCAUAAAGUCAUAAAAGAAAGAUUAGACCAUGUGACCCUAAUAUACAUUAAAUGUUCCGUUAAUAUAACAGAACUACUUAUCCCAUAGGAAAUAGAAUAAAAUAAAUUCUAGCUAGAAUUAACAGUCCAUACAGUAAGGGAGCUACUAAACGAAUGGUGGCGCGUCGGGUGUUUCCAAGUUGUUUUAUAAAUAUCGUAGCAGAAGUUGUAGGAAGUGCUUUGAAAGAGGUUAAUAUUAAUAUAUGUUACAGAGUUUAUUUGUAAAAGUAUAUUUGUGGUGUGUCGAUUUUUACUACUUUAAAACAGAAUUAUUUGAUUCGAGUUGGUUUGAACAAUUUGCUCGGAACAACCUGAAACGUUCAAGCCUUGGUUUGACACAUCGGCCGAGUGUGCGUGCAGUGGAAAGGUAAGAUGGCGGCGGACGGAGAUGUCGUGAUUUCCGACCAAGAAAAAGUGCGAAUAGUUUCGGAUUUUAUACUACAUUCGCCUCCGGGUGAGUUCAACGAGGUUUUUAACGAUGUGAGGGUCUUGCUGAACAACGACAACCUGUUGAAGGAAGGAGCAUCCGGAGCAUUUGCUCAGUACAACAAGGACCAGCUCACGCCUGUUAAGAUAGAAGGAAGUGAGUAUCCUGCACUUAUAACGGAGCAUAAUGACUUGGGUGGUCAGAGGUUUUAUGAUGCUCGUAGUAAGCAAAGUUUCAAAUAUGACCACCUCAGAAAGGAAGCACAGGACUAUGAAUCCUAUGAACCAGAUGCAACGGCAGAACCAUGGAGAUCCGCCCUUCAAGACGAAAUAACUACUUAUACGCAGAGCCAUUAUAGACAUGGUGCAUGCUCUGUUUUUGGAAAAAGCCAAGGAGGAAAUAUAACGCUAACUGCUUGCAUAGAAGACCAUCAAUUUCAACCAAAAAAUUUCUGGAAUGGACGCUGGCGUUCUGUAUGGUCUGUGAGUUUUAACACAAGUUCCGGGAAUGCCGAAUUAAGGGGUAGUCUAAAAGUUCAAGUUCACUACUACGAAGAUGGAAACGUCCAACUGGUUAGCAGCAAAGAGGUAAAAGAAAGUUUGUCGAUUGCGAACGAGAAGCAAACGGCGAAGGAGCUGAUACGACUGGUCGAGGAAUCCGAAAACGAUUACCAAACGGCGAUUUCGGAAAAUUAUCAGACAAUGUCUGACACAACGUUCAAGGCUCUGCGAAGGCAACUUCCGGUGAUGCGAACGAAAAUCGACUGGAACAAAAUCGUGUCGUAUAGUAUUGGCAAAGAACUUAAGAGCCAAUAGAGAUAGAUUUUUUAUAUAUUAUUAAGAGAAUUAAUUAAAAAGCGCAUUUUGCUGCAUGGGAGGAGUCUGGAGGUGUGAUGUGUAAUGGGAGCAAAUGUAACAGUGCUAAAAAGUAAAACAUUCAACAGAAACUCAUGCACGCACUCUAGUACUAUGUGAGUUAAAUCUUAAAUUGGGCCAAAUUCAGAGACAAUGAUAAUACAAGAUAAAUGACGAAACGACAUUGCGUUACUAUUUCGCCGAAUUUUGACCCUUUUCUCUGGAGUCCCGUGGGUUGGAUAAUCUCAUUGCAUGAUUGAGAUGAAUAAAUAGAGUGGGCUACUUCGUAAAACUUGAUUUGCAACCAUCAAUGCUUUCAUAAUUCGCAGACUGGUUUAUAAAAAACUAUUUUUGUCAGCAGAAGGUAGAUUGCGUCUCACGGAGGACCAUGUCUCAUGCCUCAUGUCUCUCCUAUGGCCUGUACUUUAUUCACCUCUAAGUAUAGCACAUUACGAAUGCCACCGAGAAUUCCAACUACUUAGCAACUUGUUAUACACAGCGACUUGUAUUUUGACAAGAUAGUAAUUGCUGAAUAAUCGACACAAGGCCCAUUAUUUUUAUCGAACUUUAUAUUACACAAAAUAUAAAUAAAUAUCUACACUUUUGUUAAGUCCUAUUGUUUUUAUAAUAAUUACAUUUAUUAUAGACAAUAUGUUGCAAAGAUUGAAUUAAGUGGAAUAAAGUAAAUUAUAAUUCACAUAAACUCGAUUGAUAUGUCAAUCAUUUUCUAGUUGCUAAAUACAGAUGAUUUGUGCCAAGUGUAAAUGUUGGGGAAUCUUUUGGUGCUAUUGCUUACCACACAUUACACAGCCAGACAGGUACGCGAAAACGAAAACUAAAAAGAAGUACAUAAUGCAUUGUACAUUGUAGAAUGUAGCCUAUAGCCUGCUGGAGCCUUAAUCUGUUCACAUUUUGCGUUGAGAGGAUAUUGUGUACAUAUGUUAUUUGAAUGGAUGAAUGCAAAAAAAAUUGUAUUGGCAUUCAGCUCUUUACACGCUAGGAUUCGAAACACCCGUGUGAUGUUAUUCGUAUUAUGCGAUUUACAUCGUGAUUCAAUGAGGGUAAUUCGUAGUAAAAUUUUAGAACGUCACAAUCCUCGUCAUGAUAGGAAACAUUCAAAUUGUAUGUUGGAUUUACAUCUCUUACAUUUGUACAUUUAUGAAUCUACAUUGCGGGUCAUGUAUCACAUGCCAUUGAAAUAAUGAUUAUAUAUUUCAUGAAAUUGAGAAUUACACUGAUAUCAAAACAAAACUCUGUUCUUGCUAUGUGGGCAUUGAUAGAAAUAUAUUGAAGUUACAUACUGCGAUGUAAAUGUGUUCAAUCGUGAAUCGUUUUGGUUUCACGCCCUUGUGUCGCGUACGUAAUUUGCAAACGUAACAUUACGUGUUUCGAAUCUUGUCACACUCUACAGAAAAUAGUUGCCUACGUUAAAUGAAUAAUAAAAUUAGGUAUACCUACAAUCGAGUGUAUCGUAAAAUAAGUAACGCAUGUCCUUAUGUAAAAAUUUAAACAGAAUCCGUUUAUCAGUUAAAUUAUGUAUUAUUAAAUGUUACUAUUGAGUAAAUAAAGUGAUAUGACACUUCGCAAACUGGCUCUGUACUUACAUACGAAUUUCAUUUUUUCAUCUGCUACUUUAUGUUUGUCUUACUUUUUAUUAUGUAAUUAAGUAAGUUACGUUUAAGCUGUUUAGCCAAGGUGUUUGUAAUGUAAUCACCGGUUGAUCAUUAUCUCUGGGAAUGUUUUGAUAAUAAAACCCUUUAAAACUUA